AUGCACUACUUACCGUCGCAAGACUCAUUGAUGCCUACCACCGAGAAUGCGCAACCUGAAACACCACCAAAGCUUUGUUCUCCGUCGCCUGCUGAGUCGGCAGCACUUGCCAUGUCAAAACUCGCGUCCCCAGAUCAAGUCAAAUUCACCUCCCCCGCACCCCGGACUACGUCUUCUAUGACCCCUCCACCCUCUUCUCAGAUCCCUGGUACUCGUGCAGCCAUGAGGACGCCUACUCCUCCAACUCCGCAGCUCACAUCUCCCCCACCAACCAGCAAGUUGCCCAACCAGCCGUCUGCCUUGACAGACAUGGGUGCAGGUCUCUACCCACAAGACCAGGUCAACAGUGCCUCCGCCGAGGAGCUGAGAACCAUGGUCAACAACAUCUCUAACGCCUUGCGCGACAUGCGGCUCUCCGCAGCGCACUAUAAACUUCAGUACAAUAUGGCUGUAAUGGAGAGCCAGGAGUCUGCAAGUCGAAUGGCUGUCGAGCUAGCUAUGGCUCAGCGAGAGCUUGACGUUCUACAACAAGCUGAAGAGAAACGCCGAAACAACAUGGUGACCCCAGAACAAACCUACCAAGAGUCGGCAAACGCAGCCAACACAGUUCUGCUAUCAGAAAUGAGCCGCCAGAAUCAGAUGUUGCAGAGCGAAAAUGAGGAGCUUCGCGAUAUGCUUGAGCAGCAAAAGCGUGUCACCGAGCACCGAGAAGGCGAGCUUGCUAGCGUCCUGGAUGAAAAUGAUCGACUCAAGACGAGGAUUCGCAAGAACCGCGAUCACAUCGCACCCCUUCUUGAGCAGAUCGAGCAAUCCUCGCCACGAUCAAACUACGGAACCCCACAUCAGCCAACUCCCAGAAACGUCCUCAACAGAGUGCCACACCUCUCCGAGGAAAGCAGGGGUCAAAACAACUUCGAAGCUCUUCUAUUAGCCGACAAGAUGCUGAGCCAGGAGGUAGCUACUGCUCCCACAACGCCCAUCAGGCAAUAUGCACCCCGAUCACGUUUCAGUCACCAGCGAGGCGCACAGUCCAUGUCCUCGCUGCCACAAACACCAAACAGAAGAGCUGCGUUCCCCCGCGCCGAAGUGCCCCGCACACCGCCACUUUUUGUCCCAACCAACAUUCCACAAUCAGCUCCCCCAGCGCACUACCAGGCCAAGCCAUCAAACACGCGUCGUCAAAGUAGCAACUCGACCAUUACCGCGUCCAGUGCCGAUGAAGAGGAAGCCUUCACUGACCGUGAAGAAGAUGAGGUGCCCGAGUCCCAAGCCAGCCAGAUGGCAAGAAGUCUCCUGCAAAGAGCACCACCUGCCAAGGGCAUGAUGUCCGCACCACCACUAGUUCAACCAGCGAACCUCGUGCAAACCAAAAUCUUCGGCCAAGUCAAGAAAGGCUCCGGCCUCACCCGUGCAGGCGAAUUGAAGCGCGGUCGCAUGCCUUCGACAGCGGAUCUCCGCACUCAAACAAGUCCGCCCAAGCGCGGACGGCUCGAUCAAGGUGUAGGUCUUGGCAUUGGCGGCUUGUUGCGCGAGUAG